GAAGAAAAUCUAACCACGUACUGCAAGACAGAUGCUACCGGUGAAAGCACCGGAUAUGGAGAUGUCGUUCAAAUCCCUGUUUUUUUUAAAAAAAUCAAAAUUUUCGAAUGUGUGAAAGGGUUCUACCGACCUUCAACCCGACUUCACCUUCGGGGAGGACAAAAAAAUGGAAAAAAAAUAACCCAAAAUCAUUUUCUAUGCUCUGUUAGCGGAAGUCGGGACAAAGGGUUGAACAGAGAGUGGGAGAUAUUUUUUUUUCAUAAAAAAUGAUGCUUUAUACCUCUUUUAAAAACGGAAGGGUUAGGCUAUAACCAGGCCAAGCCUUUAGUUACGCAAAAGUGAGUUCAGCUGUGCUGUGGACCUUUGUAGCUCGGGAUAGUCGUCUGCGGAAAGGUUCUCAGAUGCCAGAUCAAAAUCCAUUAGAGAAACUCUCCAUAUGUGUAGCUGCAUAUCUAUUGAUUGUCAAUCUACAUUUUUUCGCAUUUUCAUGAAGUUAUGUUAUUAUUUAUUACUAACUGAUGGAUGUUCCUAUUUCGACAAAAUGAUUCAUAAUAGAAAUGGCUGACAAAUGCAAUUACAGAUUGCUUUUGUUGCCCUCUUGGCCUGUGUUGCCGCUGUCCCAAGUGGCCAUGGAAGUCUUGUAAUUCAUCAUGCUCCAAGCCAUCAUGGUUAUGGACAUCAUGGAGGAUAUGGAGGACAUGGAGUAAGCACCCGAUACGAUGUUAGAGGACAUGGUUACGGUUAUUCUGGAGUUGGACAUGGACAUGGUUUGGGAUAUGCUGGCCAUGGUUAUGGACAUGGACUGGCUGGUCAUGGAUAUGGACUCGGCGGCCACGGUCUUGAAGGACACGGAUAUGGUCUUGGAGGACACGGAUAUGGUCUUGGAGGACACGGAUACGGUCUUGGAGGACACGGAUACGGUCUUGGAGGACACGGAUACGGUCUUGGAGGACAUGGAUACGGUCUUGGAGGACAUGGAUUAGCUUUAGGUCAUGGAUAUGGUUUGGCCCAUGGAUAUGGAUUGGGACAUCAUUAAAACUUUAAAAGUGUAGAAAAAUAAGCUAUGUGUCAAACCUAAGCGGCAGGUGAUAUGUGAUGUUGUAAAUUCAUUUGAUGUACAGUCGAUUUUGUUAACGGAACGUUCAAUAAAAAGAUUAUUUAUGCUUUAAA